AGCGCGGCGCGGAUUGUGACGCAGGCGCCCAGCGUGCUCCGCGCGCAAGCGCUUUCGGCGGCGAUUCGGCGGUUUCCGGUUCCGCAGUCCUCUUUUUCUUCAGCGAGGCGGCAGAGUUGCAGACGCAGAGAUGCAGAUUUUUGUGAAGACCCUCACGGGCAAGACCAUCACCCUUGAGGUCGAGCCCAGUGACACCAUUGAGAAUGUUAAAGCCAAAAUUCAAGACAAGGAGGGUAUCCCACCUGACCAGCAGCGUCUGAUAUUUGCCGGUAAACAGCUGGAGGAUGGCCGCACGCUCUCAGACUACAACAUCCAGAAAGAGUCCACCCUGCACCUGGUGCUGCGCCUGCGAGGUGGCAUUAUUGAGCCUUCCCUCCGCCAGCUUGCCCAGAAAUACAACUGCGACAAGAUGAUCUGCCGCAAGUGCUAUGCUCGCCUGCACCCCCGUGCUGUCAACUGCCGCAAGAAGAAGUGUGGCCACACCAACAACCUGCGCCCCAAGAAGAAGGUCAAAUAAGCCUCUUCCUUCCUGGAAGGGCAGCCUCCUGCCCAGGCCCCAUGACCCUGGAGCCUCAAUAAAGUGUCCCUUUGGUUGACUGGAGCAGCAA